UCGUAUUUGAAUACUUAAAUUGGCACUUUCGUUGGUGCAGUUCCGGUGUAAACAAACCAAAAAUAUUCAAUAUGAUAUUCGGAUACUAAGAAAAGAUGUGGGUUUUUGGUUAUGGUUCUCUUAUAUGGAAAGUUGAUUUCCCCUAUAAGAGAACAUUAAAAGGUUAUAUAAAAGGCUUCCAUAGACGAUUCUGGCAGGGAAGUACUGAUCACAGGGGUAUCCCUGGAAAGCCUGGAAGAGUAGUAACCUUAGUCAAGUCCAACAACCCUGAUGAAAAAGUUUGGGGCAUUGCUUAUGAGAUUGCAAAUGAACAGAUUGAUGAUGUCACAGCUCAUCUAGAUUUUCGUGAAAAGAAUGGCUAUACUCAAACCGAAGUUGUCUUUUAUCCUAGCGAGGAAAUAGAAUCUCCAAUACACUUAAAGAUCUACAUAGGAACUUCAGAUAAUGAAGAAUACCUAGGACCAGCACCAAUAGAAGACAUUGCCAAACAAAUCUACGACUCAGUUGGACCAAGUGGGAAAAAUAUAGAUUAUCUACUGAAUUUAGCAAAUGCAGUGCGACAGUUGUUCCCAGAAGAAACUGAUGAACAUUUAUUUGAAUUAGAGAAAAGUGUAAAACAUAAACUGAAUGAAAGUAUAAGACAUUAAUUAAUUAUUGUUUUUAAAUAAAAUUUUACUUUAGGCUU